AUGACCGACUGGCCUCCGACUCGCCCAUGGGCCAGCGGGCGUAUUCUCACCCCCGCACAGCGUGAGCGAAAGAGGGCUGCCAACCGAGUCUCGCACCGCACCAAGAGAUCUCAAGCCGAGGCCCGCACCGCCAGCCUCGAGUCGCAGAUCGAGCUCCUCAAGGCCGAGAUCGAGCUCCUGAGACGGCGAGAAACAGCUCCGGGAUGCCCGUGUUCUCGUCAGAACAACGCCGACGCCAACUUCCUGGCGUUCGAUCCCAUUCCUCCCAGCUAUCUUCCAACCUUGGACCCAUGGCCUUCACUAAAUAUUGCGGGCGACGACUCCGGCGGCCUCCAGUCGCAGAAUGCCCAUGACAGUUAUGGUGCGACCGGGUCAUCAGAACCGCCUCAAAGUCUGGCGACGAGUUGCCAAGAGAUUUUUAACCACAUCGUUUCCCAGGCACGCCGCUUAUCCAAGUUCCAAGUGUCGACAGACGAUGCCCUGAACCAGGAUGUGUUGGUUCGCGCCCUCGUCAAUGGAUGGUCCGACGUCUCGAUGCGGUAUGGCGGGACCAGUGUCUUCUGCCCGCUGUGGAAUCUCGUCCGCUACCUUGACCGACGUGUCUUCUGCAUGAGCGGCUUCCUUACACGGCUGUGCGCGCUGCGCAUGAUCCACGCCAUGCUGCUGUGCUUUGUCGGAGCCAGCUCUUUCAAGGAUCUGCCGGCGUGGUACAAGCCGCGCCCUUCACAGCAUACCAUUCGGCACGCCCUCGCAGUCGACGUGCUCCCGUGGCCAGGUGUGCGUGAGAGGGCGGUGUAUUCCCAGGGUCUGACCCAAGACAACAAGUUCUGGACGGGCAUGGUCCACCACUUUCGUUUCCACUGGCCGUACAGUCCAAGCGACGCUGUCGAUUUCGACGCCAAUGCCGGUCACUUUGCUCUGUCCGGCCUGUUUCUCAACCAAGUACACAAUAUCCACAUGUGGAAGAUGGACUUGAGCUUCUUCAACUUCUUCCCGGAUCUGUACGACGACAUCAUGCCGUCCCUGUAUGACAUUGAGAGGCCGAUUUCUUGCAUCCUUCCAGCCGCCGCCACUAAUCCAAUUUUUGGCUUUACACCACAGAUCCCUGUUGGGUCUGCCAACAUUGACGUUGAUCAUAUACCUGCACUACCGCUACCGGAGUCUUCAGGUGAAGUUGGGUCUGAGCUCGAGGAGAGGCACUCUCCGCUGGUGGCAUGCGCACCCUUGUCGCUGCCUCAAUAG